AACAUUAAACAAUUCCAAUCAUAAUGAUGAUGAUAAUUAAAGCAUCGAAAUGAAAAGGGAAAAGGAAAUCAAGUAUUGAUAGUUGAUGAUUAAGAGAAAAAAAAGAAAUCAAAUUAUCAAGAGAUUCAAUUAUCUUGUUGUUGUUAUUUACAUGAGGAUAAGAAGAAGAAGAAGAGAAGAAGAAAGAGAAUUGAGAUUCUGAGCUCUUUGGAAGAUAAGUAAAAGGGAGUUCAAGGUCAUCUUCAUGAUGGAAAGAAAAGAAAGAGAAAAUGUUUAGAAAGAGAGAAAAGAGUAAACAAAAAUAACAAAUGUAACCAAAGAAGAAGAUGAAAUAGACAGGGGAUGGAAGAUAAUCGAGUGAGAGAAAACCAAAAAGUCGAAAGAGAAUCAUCUAGUUACGUAAUUAUGAUUAUCUUUGAUGAGAAAGAUGAUGAUGGAGAGAGAGAAGAAGAAGAAGAAGAUGAUAAGAAGAGAGGGUGGUAAAAGGGAGGAGGCAUCUCUUCAUCUCUUCAUCUUCUCCAUCAUUCUCAUCACUCAUGGAGACAAAAACCGCAUCACACAUAUUCAGAGUUUUCUUCUCGUUCUUCUCACUUUUUUUGUUAUCAUCUCUUGUCUUUUUCCUCUUUCUUUCCCUUUCCAUCGUCAUCAUAAUCAUUAUUAUCAUAGGCUCACUCAUUUACUCUCUCUCACUCACUCACUCACUCUAACUCACUCAUUGAUCUGUACAUUGCCCACACUUUGCUUUAAUAUACAAGUAUUAACAAGUAAACAAAAAACAUCAAUCAGGCAACACGGUAACCAAGUUUCACUCCCACUUUUUUUUUAUCAUCAUCUCAUCAUCUCACCAUCUCAUCAUCUUACUCACUCAUUCUCACUCUUUCUCACUCACUCUCACUCUCUCAAACAUUACCAUCAUAAUCACAUAGACAAAAACAACAACAACAACAACAACAAAAACAAACUCAUAUGUUGAAUAUUUUUUUCCCUUUUCAAUGUGAAUCAAUUAGUUUCAUCACUUAUCAACAAUUAUAUCAUUUAAAUCAUUGACUUAUAUAAAAAUCAUCUUCAACAAUCAUCUUAAUUGUUUUAAUUUUUGUUAAAUUGUUCCAUUGAUAAAAGUUUUUCGUUAUUAAAUCUAUUGACAAUCUAGUCAAAUUAAGUUCUAAUUGUAUAAUUAAAACACUCAUCAUAUCUCAAUCAUUUGUCGGACUAAUCAAAAAGUAAAAAAAAAAAUCAUAAUCAUCAAUUGGAUUAACUUACAAUCAAUCAACAAGGAGGAUUUUCAAAGAUCAUCAGAAAAUCUUAACCUGUAAUAGAAACUUACACCUCCGUUAAUGAUUAAAGUUAAUUAUCACUAAUUUAAUCCACAAACAUUAUCAAAGAAAAACUUAAUCAUCUAAAUCCAUCAAAAAAAAGUGAAAGUCAAUCCAGUGCCGUCUUGAAGAUUGAAAACUAACUGUAAACAAAGGAUAUUGAUUAUAAUUGAAUAAACUCAAUUCUGCCUGAGGAACCAUUUUGAUUCACCAAUUGAGGUUUUCAAUUGUGAUUCAAUCUUUGCAAACCUUAUGCAAACUUAAUCAUCUAAGUAAACAAUUGCUUUGGGAUUGGUUCAAUCAAACAAUCAACGGGUUUUGUUGUUGUCUCUAAAUAUGAUAACCGAAGAAAUCAAUCGUAAUCGGGAAUUUUAUCAAAAGACGAAUGUUCAACCAACAUUUACAAUUUCAUCUUUAAUCGGUGAUAAUAUGGAUUAUAGUAAACAGACACAAUUAGAAGGACUUAAUUUAGAUCUUAAACAAUCAACUGGUAUCGGACCGACCACAUUAUCAAAUAAUUUAAAUCUUAAUCUAAAUAAUAAUAACAACAACAACAGUUUAUCGACUACAAGUUCAUCCGAUAAAAAAUCUCACCAUGAACCAAGAAGACGACGAUUAAGUGAUAAAGUUAAACCUCGAGAUUUAUCAAUAACCGGAUUAACCAAUUGUAUCAAUGGUGAAUCUUUGUUAAAUACUAAUAGUAAUUCAUCAUCAUUACCUGACUCACCGGCUCGUAGACGAAUAGCUGAACGAAACAAUUUAGAUAUUACCGAAGAAAUUAAUCGUAAUCGAGAAUUUUAUAAAAAUGCCGAUGUUCGACCUCCAUUCACAUAUGCAUCUCUAAUUAGACAAGCGAUAAUCGAAGCACCAGAAAAACAAUUGACACUCAAUGAGAUUUACAAUUGGUUUACGAAUACAUUUUGUUUCUUUCGUAGGAAUCAUGCUACAUGGAAGAAUGCUGUUCGUCACAAUCUAAGUCUCCAUAAGUGUUUCAUGAGAGUGGAAAAUGUUAAAGGUGCUGUUUGGACUGUUGAUGAACUCGAGUUUUAUAAACGUCGUCCUCAGCGAUUACAAGAGAGACUUUCAACUACAUCAUCAUCUUCAUCUUCUUCAGGGCCAAACGGUAGUCAUUUAAGUUUGGAAAACAUUCGCCAAGUCGUUGGCUCUCUACCUGAUAAUAGUACAAUUUCGCCCUUCCUACAAAGCAUUGUAAAUGGACCACUUUCCAGACCAACUUCCGCUUCUCCACAUUCGCCCAGUGAUCAUAACCAUAGUCUUAGCCAUCAUAAUCUUAGUCAAAAUCAUCUCCAUGGUUUCCAUGGAUUAACAAAAGCAACAUUAUCACAUGAAGAUGAUGAUUUCAUGGAUGAUGCAGACGAUGAUUAUAAUGAACAAGAUGAUGAAGAUGAUGUAGCCAUUGGGACUGACGAUAUUGAGGAUGAUGAAGUUCUUGAUUAUGAUCGUGAUAUUGACGAUUAUGAUGGCGACCCUUCAACUGAAGUACAAGACCUACGAGUGACCAUCAAUAGAAGCUCAUUAAUAACCAACAAUAACAGUGAUAAUAGUAAUAUCUCCCAACAAUCAUCUAAUCAUCACCAUCGUCUCUCAUCAACAUCCCAGCACCAAUCUAAUCAUCAUCAAUCAUCAAAUCACAAUUUAAUGUUAAAUGGUACCAAUAUUUUCACCUCAACAAGAAUGAAUUCUGAAACUAACAGAACGGGAACAAAAGUCAUAAACUCACAAGAAACCACCAGAAAUCAAUAUGCUCGUUUUCACGACGAAUCAGAUCGUGAUGAUUAUGAUGAUGACUUAGAUGAUGAAGACAAUCAUAGUAUUAAUAAAAGUGACUACAGUAAAAAACUGCUAUUGGAUAGAUUAAGUUCAGGCCUGAAACAGUCAAGUAUUGGAACGACGACUGGUUUGAAUAGAAGUUUGAAAUCCAAAUCAGCUACAAGAAUAUCAGAUAAAAAAUCACAUUCCGAGAUCAGAAAACGUCGAUUAAGUGACAAAAAUAAACCUCGAGAUUUACCAAUAACCAAUUUCAGUGAAUCCUUACUAAAUAUCAACAAUAAUUCACCAUUAAUUGACUCACCAGUAUUCAGAUUAUCUGAACACAGUAAUUUAGAUAUUACCGAAGAAAUCAAUCGUAAUCGAGAAUUUUAUAAAAAUGCCGAUGUUCGACCUCCAUUUACAUAUGCAUCUCUAAUUAGACAAGCGAUAAUCGAAGCACCAGAAAAACAAUUGACACUAAAUGAGAUUUACAAUUGGUUUACGAAUACAUUUUGUUUCUUUCGUAGGAAUCAUCCAACAUGGAAGAGUGCUGUUGGUCAUCAUCGAAGUAUAAAUGAUAAAGUUAGCGAACACGAUGCCGAUCCUUCUGGAGAAGUACAAGAUUUACGAGUGACAAUUAACAGAAAUUCAUUAUUUAACAACAGUGAUACUGAUGUUAAUCCACACCAACCAUCUAAUCAUAAUAGUUUAAUAUCAACAUCACAUAGUCAAUCAAACAAUAACAAUUUUCAUCAAUUUUCAUAUCAUUAUUUAACUUCAAACGGUGGCAACACUUUCUCAUCUAUUGGAAUAAAUAACCAAAUGGACACAAUUAGUGGUCAAAAUUUAGAAAUUGACAAUAAUCGCAACAUUGAUACGAAAAACAAGGAAAAUGAUUUAGAUCAGGACGAAGAUGAUUUGGACGAAGAAAAUGACCAGAUUAUAAGAGACGUUAAUUACAGUAGAAAAGCACAAUUAGAAGGACUUAAUUUAGAUCUUAAACAAUCAACUGGUAUCGGACCGACCACAUUAUCAAAUAAUCUAAAUCUUAAUCUAAAUAAUAAUAACAACAACAACAGUUUAUCGACUACAAGUUCAUCCGAUAAAAAAUCUCACCAUGAACCAAGAAGACGACGAUUAAGUGAUAAAGUUAAACCUCGAGAUUUAUCAAUAACCGGAUUAACCAAUUGUAUCAAUGGUGAAUCUUUGUUAAAUACUAAUAGUAAUUCAUCAUCAUUACCUGACUCACCGGCUCGUAGACGAAUAGCUGAACGAAACAAUUUAGAUAUUACCGAAGAAAUUAAUCGUAAUCGAGAAUUUUAUAAAAAUGCCGAUGUUCGACCUCCAUUCACAUAUGCAUCUCUAAUUAGACAAGCGAUAAUCGAAGCACCAGAAAAACAAUUGACACUCAAUGAGAUUUACAAUUGGUUUACGAAUACAUUUUGUUUCUUUCGUAGGAAUCAUGCUACAUGGAAGAAUGCUGUUCGUCACAAUCUAAGUCUCCAUAAGUGUUUCAUGAGAGUGGAAAAUGUUAAAGGUGCUGUUUGGACUGUUGAUGAACUCGAGUUUUAUAAACGUCGUCCUCAGCGAUUACAAGAGAGACUUUCAACUACAUCAUCAUCUUCAUCUUCUUCAGGGCCAAACGGUAGUCAUUUAAGUUUGGAAAACAUUCGCCAAGUCGUUGGUCUUUCUUCCAAAGGUUCGAACUCAAUCGUUGGUGGAGAUACAAACCAUUCUUUUGGUGCCAGUUUACAUACUUCGUUAUCUGAUAAUAGUACAAUUCCGCCCUUUCUACAGAACAUUGUAAAUGGGUCUCUUUCCAGGCCAACUUCCGCUUCUCCACAUUCACCUGGUGAUAACUAUUAUAAUCCAAACCAUAAUCUCAAUCUUAAUUUAAACAAUCACCACAAUCUUAAUCAAAAUCAAAAUCAUCUUCAUAAUUUCCAUGGAUUAACAACUACAGCGCCAUCAUCACAUGAAGGAGAUGAUGAUGAUGAUUUUAUGGACGAUGGAGCUGAUGAGUAUAAUGAUCAAGACGACGAUGAUGAUGAAGUUCGUGAUUAUGAUCGUGAUAUUGACGAUUAUGAUGGUGAUCCUUCAGCCGAAGUACAAGACCUACGAGUGACCAUCAAUAGAAGCUCAUUAAUGACCAACAGUGAUAACAAUAUAUCCCAACAAUCAUCUAAUCACCAUCAUCAUCAUCUUUCACCAGCAUCUCAACACCAAUCUAAUCAUCAUCAAUCAUCAAAUCACAAUUUAAACUCACAUAUCAAGAUGACCAAUCAGAUGGACACAACGGAUGAACAAGAGUCGAAUAUGAAUAAAGACUGUCAAGAUAUUCUAGAUCACAAUGAGAACGAUUCCGAUGAAGAAGAUGAUACGAUUGAUAUUCGACAUUCUAAAUUAGAAGGACUUAAUUUAGGACUAAAAUCCGCGAUUAAUGAACCAACAGCCCAUUGAAACGGUCAAAUCGAUUCUCUCUUAUUGUCAUCAGAAAAGUUAACCCAAUCAGACUUAAAUUGUUCAUUUAAUUGUUGAUCGAUUAUUCUGGUUUUAUUCAUUGUCUCAUCUAAAUUUGUUCAUUGAUAAGAAAACUUUUCUCCUUAAUUACAAUCGGAACCAAACAAUCAAUUUUUAUUCUUGGGUCUACAUAAUACUAUCACAAUCUCGUGUUUUAUUAACAAUUGGGAACAACAAUCAACAGUUAAAUUGUAUCACUUUACAUAAUCAUUAUCAUCUUCAUCAUCACUACGAAUCGCCAAUCAACAACAACAAGGAAACAAUUAAAAUAAUAGUCAGAGUCUUGGUUAAUUGGGCUCUCUAAAUUAAUUAACAUCACACACACAAUUAAAAGGGAAACAAAAGCAAAUCCCCAAUGAUAAUCAUUGGAUUAAUUAAAUAAACUAAUUUAUAACAAUUAAAUUAACCAAUUGCCUUUAACUGCACAAUUACAACAACAAUUAAAACAAAGUUAAUUCCCUUUUGCUUUUUUU